GGUCUUCCAAAUUCCUUCUUUGUGCACAUGCUAGGCCUUAGAGUUCUGGACCUGUCAUGCACAAACAUUGCAUUUCUACCAGAUUCUAUUUAUGACAUGGUGAAUCUUCGAGCUCUAAUUCUUUGUGAAUGUCGAGAAUUAAAGCAGGUAGGUUCAUUGGCAAAGCUUAAGGAAUUAAGAGAGUUGGAUCUCAGUUGGAAUGAAAUGGAAACAAUACCUGAUGGGAUAGAGGAAUUGGUUCUCCUCAAACAUUUCAGUUGGAUCUCAUACCAUUCACGCCAGGCAGUACUUCCCAAUCCUCUUUCCAAACUUCUUCCCAAUCUUCUUCAACUGCAGUGUCUAAGACAUGAUGAUGAGAAAUUGCUGGAUGUAGGAGUGGAGGAGCUGAGUGGGAUGAGAAAGUUGGAGGUCCUUGAUGUCAAUUUCUCCAGCCUACACAAUUUCAAUAGCUACAUGAAGACACAACACUACCGGAGACUUACUCACUAUCGUGUUCGAUUAAGUGGAAGGGAAUAUUCUAGGCUUCUAGGGUCGCAAAGAAAUCGACAUGGUUUUUGUAAAGAAGUAGAAGUGUGGGAAUGUAAGCUGACGGAAGGAGGGAAAGACAAUGGUGACUACCAACUUGUGCUCCCUACGAAUGUCCAGUUUUUGCAGAUAUAUACAUGUAAUGAUCCCACUAGCCUAUUGGAUGUUUCUCCAUCUCUCCAGAUUGCCACCGAUUUAAAAGCAUGUUUGAUAUCAAAAUGCGAGGGGAUAAAAUACUUGUGGUGGGUAGAGGACUGCAUUGACUCAUUAAACUCAUUGUUUCUUGAUUCAUUGCCAAGCUUAAGGGUUCUCUUCAAGUUGAAACCAACAGACAAUGUACGUUGUUCCAGUCUCAAGCACUUAUACGUGAGUAAAUGUCACAAUCUCAAGCACUUGUUCACGCCUGAGUUAGUGAAGAACCACCUCCAAAACCUUCAAAACAUCUAUGUCCGUAGUUGCAGUCAAAUGGAGGAUAUAAUAGUAGGAGUAGAAGAAGAAGACAUUAAUGAAAAGAAUAAUCCCAUCCUCUGUUUUCCCAACUUUCGAUGUUUGGAGUUGGUUGAUCUACCAAAACUGAAAGGCAUAUGGAAGGGAACAAUGACUUGUGAUUCCCUUCAAAAUCUUUUAGUAUUGAAAUGUCGAAAGCUUAAAAGGCUCCCUUUUGCGGUUUCGGUGCACAUAAACGAUGGUGAUGGCCAAAGAAGAGCUUCAACACCACCCCUCAAGCAAAUCGGAGGAGACAAAGAGUGGUGGGAUGGGGUGGAAUGGGACACACAUCCUCAUGCCAAAUCUGUUUUUCAACACCUAUUUGUACAAGGAAAAGGUUUUAGAUGGCUAAAAAACAAUUCGGUCACAAGUCGUUGGAGAGAGACUGUGGACAAUAUAUUUGAAGAAGUGUAAUUGACUUCAUUAUAUCUUUUUAUUUUUUUGGUG